UAAAAUAUUUUGCCCUUCUUUUCUUCGUCCGCUUGUUCUCCGCUCACCAGCCUUUGAUUUUUUACUCGGAUUGCUUCACAUCAAACAAUUUUUUAUAAAACGCUCUAGCAUGCAUACUUCCUUCCAACUUCUAAAUAUUAAUACAAUUUCUCCUACUAGUACAUAUUUCAUGUAUAUUUUUUAACAAAAAGUUUACUCUUAAUUUCUAAUAAAUUUUAUUUUAGAAAUUUAAUAUUCUUAAAAAUAAAUUAAUAUUAAAAUGAAGCGUCGUAGUUGUGGAAGAUGGAUAAAUAAAGAAGAUGAAGUAUUUGAUGAAGAAAUUGAAGAAACUGAAAAAAUCCAAAAAAAGACAAUGAAACAAGAAAUUGUUGAAGGAGAAAGAGAGGGUAGUAAUACUACAAUUACCGCUACAAUAAUGGCAAUUUCUCCAAAUGACCAAUUUUAUGAAUUUUCGAAUAUUUCCGAAGAAAAUCCUGUCCCCUCAAAAACAACACAAAAAAAUAAUAUUUUAAUGGCAGCUCAGUUAGGGAUGAAAGGACCGCCACCUAGUGGUGAACAACCAGUUGAUAAAAUGUUUAAUUCACAAUUAAUAAAGGAAAUAAGUCAACAUCCAGCACUUUUUGAUUUUACUUGUGACGAAUAUAAAAGUAUUGAAGCACGGAAUAGAAAUUGGGAUGAAGUUUCUUCCCAUUCUUGUCAACCUCUCGAAUUUGUUAGAACAAGAUGGAAAACUUUACGUGACAGAUUUAAAAAAGAAGUUCGUCGAAUUAAACAACAACAAUUACAACAACCAGAAAAUGCUUUUAAUGGGUGUUGGCAUCAUUUUGAAGAAAUGCUUUUUUUGUUGCCUUUUGUUAGAGAUAAAGCUGAGGAAGUUGUUUCUCAUUCUAAAGAUGGUAAAGAGUCUUCUCCAGCAGAUGUAACAACAUCAGCACAAGCAUUAAUACAAGCAUAUACAUUAGCUAAACAACGUCAAAUAAAUAAUUCUUCAAUUAAUAUAUUAAAUUCAGAAAAUCAACAACAACAACAACAAUCACAACAACAAAUGCAAUCAAGUACUGCAGCAAUUUUAGAUUUAGCAAUGAAUGCUGUACAUAAAAAUAAUAAGGAAAUUGGUGAAAAUAAUGAAAGAGGAGAAUGUUUAAAUGAAGAUGAAAAUGAUAAUGAUAAUAAUGAAGAAAUUAAUAAUGGUGGGGGAGGAGGAGGAGGAGGAGUUGGAUAUUCUAAUGGAAAUAAUUUGAAUAUUUCCACAAAUAAAUCUUCCUCAAUUUAUCGCCAACCAUCAAUUCGUUUCCAAAAACAAUUUCAACAACAAAAAUUAUUACAAUUAAAUGAAAUAAAUAACAGAAUUAAUAAUAAUUGGAAAUUUCCCGAAGUUUUUGGAGAAAAUGAAGAUGAUGAAGAUAAACUUUUUUGUCGAAUUGUUCUCAAAAAAUUGGGAAAAUUAGAUGAAAGACUUAAAGAUACUGCAAAAAUAAAAAUAAUGGAACUUUUAUUAAAUUUACAAUAUGGGGAAUGUAAUAAUAAUCAAACGAGUAAUAGUAGUGGAAGAUAA